AUGGAAUUGAUGAGGAAUAAUAGAUGGCAUACGUGGACAUUUCUACGAUGUAUUAUCGAUACGCCGGGCGACGGUCAGCGAGCCGUUCACCGUAAUUUGGUUGCGCCGGACAGUGAAUUGAUGCGCAGCGUUGAGAGAGUUCAUCUACCCACAUAUCGACGGAUUCAGCGACUACAGCAACUACGCCCCGACGUCUACGAGGCGUUGCAACGUGUAGAUGAACAAAUGCUGCUGCUAUGUACAGAAAAUGGGUUGAGCCUCCAAUCCCAACUGCGCGGCUACCGUAACGGGGCCCACCGUACUCGGCUCUACAAGACAGGGCCAAAGAAACGGGAACGACUUCUGCUGGCACACAACGCGACAAUGAUCAAAUGUCAACAUCGCUCAAAUCACUUGGCGUUCCACAGAUGGUUGGGUGAGCCGCCGAUUGGAGAUGGAGUGCUUGAACUGCUCGAUUUUCUCGCUUGCCAGAUUCUCCGGGAAGUGGCCGAUGGAGCGUGUCAGGCCCGUGACGAGAAGAUCUACGAUUUGGACCCAGAAAUGUCGAGUACACGGCCAGUCUAUUUGGAUGAAUAUCAAUUGGCAUAUCAACAACAUAAGGGAUACAGAAUAAAAAAAGACAUCCUUUUCGGAAAAGAUGAGGGCAUUUGGAUAGAAGAAGAAGAGAAUGAAGUGGAUGGAGAAGAAAUAGCCAUCAAUUGGGGGAAGGGGCAGAGGAAGAGGAAGAGAGAUCGGAAAGGGGAGGAAGAGGAUGUGAUGAAGCCCUUCAUGGCCAUUGUCAACGAGCAAAAGCGAAUCAAACGCGCUCGGCUGAUGAAUGAUCGCCAGUGGGCGGUGCGGUUCGCACGACAGGCCCGGGAGAAUGAGAUGCGAGCCGCGCAACGAGUUCAGCGAGUUCAGCACACCUUU